AUGGCUGAGCGUCCGGUGAUCCUGCGAGGCGCCCGGGUUGUCGAUCCGGUAGCCGGGCUUGACGCGGUCAGGGACCUGCGGCUUGUCGAGGGACGAAUCGCCGCCGUCGGUGAGGGGAUCCGCGAACCGGGGGACCGCGUCGUGGACGUGGCAGGACUGGUGGCGGCGCCCGGGUUUUGCGACAUGCACGUCCACUUCCGGGAGCCGGGACUCGAAUACAAGGAGACGGUAGCGAGCGGAGCGGCAGCCGCGGUCGCCGGUGGUUUCACGGCGGUGGCAUGCAUGGCGAACACCGACCCGGUGAACGACAGCCCUUCCGUUACCGCGCACAUUCGCCAGCUCGCGAAACAGGCUGGCCUGGCCCGGGUCCAUCCGAUCGCCGCCACCACCCAGGGAAUGAAGGGGGAACGGAUUUCCGAGUUCGGCGCCCUCAAGGAGGCCGGCGCGGUGGCGGUCUCCGAUGACGGCCUCCCGGUGGGCGAUCCGGCGGUGAUGCGGCGAGCCCUCGAGUACUCGAGGCUGCACGACCUGCCGGUGAUCGAACACUGCGAGACGCUGGAACUGACCGGUGAGGGCGCCAUGCGCGAAGGCGCCUACGCCGCCCAGAUCGGCCUUCCCGGGAUCCCGGCGGCGUCGGAGUUCAUCGCCGUCGAGCGGAACAUCGCACUCGCGGAGAUCACCGGCGCCCGUCUCCACAUCGCUCACCUCUCGACCGCCCGCUCGGCCGCCGCGGUGCGCCGGGCCAAAGCCGCCGGAAUCCGGGUCACCGCCGAGGUGACGCCGCACCACCUGAUCCUGACGGACGAGGCAGUGGGCGACUACGACACCGCGGCCAAGAUGAAACCGCCGCUCGCCGCGGAGGCGGACCGCGAGGCGCUCCUGACCGCCAUCGCCGACGGCACGGCGGACGCCAUCGCCACGGACCACGCACCCCACCACGAGGACGAGAAGAAACUCUGUUUCCAGAGCGCCCCCUUCGGGAUCGUCGGACUCGAAACGGCGGUGCCGCUGGUUCUCGAGCGCCUCGUGGCGUCGGGCAUCAUUCCCCUCGCCCAGGCAGUCCGACUUCUUUCGACCGGCCCGCGCCGGAUUCUCGGUCUGCCCGGCGGCGAUCUCCGACCCGGAAGCCCGGCAGACAUCACGCUCCUCGAUCUCGAGGCCACCAGCACCAUCAACCCGGCCUCUUUCCGGAGCCGCGGCAGAAGCACUCCGUUCGCGGGACUCUCCCUCCGGGGGCAGGUCGUUGCGACCUGGGUCGGCGGCCGGGAGGUUUAUUCGCAAAGCGCCAACCGCUGA